UACAUGUGGAUUUAUCCCGGGCGAGCGUGAAGACUGAAGUAUGGACGAUGUUGCCGGAGCGGUGGUGUGAGCGUUAUGGCGACCUGGGGGGGGAGGUGCUGUGCGUGGAGCUGGAGAAGGAGCGGCAGGGUUUGGGUCUCAGCCUGGCGGGGAACAGGGAUCGCUCCCGCCUCAGCAUCUUCGUGGUGGGGCUUCACCCCGGGGGGCCGGCGGCCCGCGACGGGCGCAUCCGGGUGGGAGACGAACUGCUGGAGAUCAACAGCCAGGUGCUGUAUGGGCGGAGCCACCAAAACGCCUCGGCCAUCAUCAAGAGCGCCGCCUCCAAGGUGAAGAUCAUCCUGCUGAGAAAUGAAGAUGCUAUAAACCAGAUGGCCGUUCCCCCCUUCCAAACCCUCCUCCCCCCAUCCACCCUGCCAGCCCUGAGCCUGCCUGUCCCGCUCCAGCCGGUGGGCCCCGCCCCCCCCGACAGUCUGGCCCUCCCUCCUCCUCAGGACACCAACACCCCCAGCACACCGGAGGAGACGAACGACGAAGCCGAGCAGAGUGCGGGAAACAGAAACAGCAGCAACAGCGCCACCAAGAGCCUGCGAGAGGCCGACACCACCUCCACCUCCACCUCCACCAAGAAGCUGAAAGGCCCGGCAGACUCUGCAGACUCUGAGCUGCAGGCUCCCAAGGCCCUGCAGGAGCAGCAGUCCUCCAGGUCAUACAGCAGCUCCAGUAAACAGACAGCAGCUUCUCUCCCGCUCACCAGCCCUGACCUGCAGACUGCCAGCAGAGACCCGGCCAGCUGCCCCGUCGUUCCCGGACAGGAAACCGUGCUGGAGAUCUGUAAAGGUCGAUCAGGACUGGGACUCAGUAUAGUGGGAGGCAGAGACACCCAGCUGGACGCCAUCGUGAUCCAUGAGGUUUACGAGGAAGGAGCCGCAGCGAGAGACGGACGGCUGUGGGCAGGAGACCAGAUCCUGGAGGUGAACGGCGUAGACCUCCGCGGCGCGGCGCACGAAGACGCCAUCGCGGCGCUGCGUCAGACUCCGGCCAAGGUGCGGCUGACGGUGCUGCGGGACGAGGCUCAGUACCGGGACGAGGAGAACCUGGACGUGUUCCAGGUGGAGCUGCAGAAGAAGAGCGGCAGGGGGCUCGGCCUCAGCAUCGUGGGCAAGAGGAGCGGCAGCGGGGUGUUUAUCUCGGAGGUGGUCCGAGGCGGAGCCGCUGAGCUGGACGGCCGUCUGAUGCAGGGAGACCAGAUCCUCUCUGUGAACGGAGACGACACAAGACACGCCUCCCAGGAGACGGUGGCCGCCAUCCUGAAGUGUGCACGAGGCCCCGUGUCGUUGGAGCUCGGCCGCCUCAAAGCUGCGUCCUGGAUGUCCAGACACACGUCGCAGGGAAGCCAGAUGAGUCAUGUCAGUGGUAACAGCUCCGGCGUCGUGGCUCCGCCCCUCCCACACCCCACGACCUCUGACCCCCCGACCUCGACCUCGACCUCGACCUCGACCUCGGCCGACCCCCGACCCCUCAACAACAACAGGAAGUCGCCCUGUGACAUCACUUCCUCCUCCGCCAACAGCACAGGGCCUGAUGCUGGCAUGCGGACAGUGGAAAUCACUCGGGGUGUGAGUGACAGCCUCGGGGUGAGUAUAGCCGGGGGGAAGGGCAGUCCUCUGGGUGACAUCCCCAUCUUCAUCGCCAUGAUCCAGGCCAACGGCGUCGCCGCCAAGACACACCGCCUCAAGGUGGGAGACAGGAUCGUCAGCAUUAACAGUCAGUCAGUUGACGGUCUGUCUCACGGUGAGGUCGUCAACAUGCUGAAGAACAGCUACGGCAACAUCAGCCUGCAGGUGGUUGCUGACACCAACAUCAGUGCCAUCGCCAGUCAAGUGGAGAGUCUGACCACCAACUCCAGUCUGUCAGCCAACACAGACACACACACCGAGCCAGAGGGGCCCCGGGCGAGGAGCAUCAGUCUGGAGAAAGGUUCAGACGGACUCGGCUUCAGCAUCGUCGGCGGCUUCGGCAGCCCACAUGGAGACCUGCCCAUCUACGUCAAGACUGUGUUCAGCAAGGGCGCGGCGGCGGUGGACGGGCGUCUGAAGCGAGGCGACCAGAUCGUGUCGGUGAACGGCGAGAGUCUGCAGGGAGUGACGCACGAGCAGGCCGUCGCCAUCCUGAAGAAACAGAGAGGGACGGUCACACUGGACGUCCUGACCUAACACACACACACACACACACACACACACACACUCACACACACACACACGCACACACAAUUUAACAUAAUACACUCACUCACAUGCAUGCACAAAUAUAAAUUAGCCUACUUACACACACGAUGUUGCACACGUAUGAACACAGAGACUGCCUGUGUCACAUACAGAUGAACACACACACACGCACACACACACACACACACACACACACACACACACACACUUGACUCUUGGUCACAGGAGCGUCGUGGAUUUUGAACUCUGAACUUCCCAACAAGCAAAAAAACUGAAAGGCAUCAGCUGUUGCCGACACACACACACACACACACACACACACACACACACAAACACACACACACACACACACACACACACACACUUCCUCUGUGGGCAUGAAACCAGUCCAAACCAGUUCACACUGUCCUCUGAAACCAGUUUAAUACCAGUAAAGCUCCUCUACCCAUAUCCACCGACUGGGAUCUACAAACCAGUAACCAGUAACACACACACACACACACACACACACACACACACACACACACACACACACACACACACACACCGUCAUCUCACACCAGUUUGAUACCAGUAAGAGCAGACUGCUUCACAUUGCUCCUCUUUUCUUGUAGAAAAGCUAAACUGCCUCAAACGCGUUUUAUACCGCCGGUCAGUGAAGCGGCUUCGUUUCCAUGGCGACGCUGCAAACGUCAACAAGCGGUCCGGCUGUCAAUCACCGGGGAAAAACCGCCGCCGCUUCUUCCUGUCGUCGUCUUAAGCCCCGCCUCCUCUGUGCUGUGAUUAGCUGGUCGCCUCCCCGUCCCUCCUCCUCCUCCUCCCCCUCCUCCUCGUCAUCUUCGUCGUGAUUGGUCAGUCCAGGUCAUGUGGUCUGACGUGGUUAAAAUGUUGCGCUGUUUGUAACAACAUGAGGCCAAAUACAGACUCACUGUCGGAUCUGGUUUUGUUUGUUGUUUGUUGUUGUGUUUACAAACCUCCGUCCUUUUUUUUUUUUACUCCUUUUUUACUUUUUUACUCUUUUUAUCACAGCUGGACUCCGUUCUGAUUGGCUCCUUUUGCUGCAUAACAUCCGAAAUCCGUCCAAUCGCCAAAUCCGCACCGCGCCUUCGCCAACCAGAGAUCGACUCCAAUGCAGAGGCACUACAUUACCCACAAUUCCCUAAGCACCGUUAGCCAUUCACAGAGCUGUUGCCAUGGUGAUAGGGGAGGCUGUUGAGUGUGUCUGACAGAUGCUGGCAUGACUUUGAGCCAGAUGUUUUACUGUUUUUUAUGAGAUGUUUGUUUUUUAGGGCUGAUGGGACGAGGUUUCCUCUUCAGACAUGAAGAAGCUUUUUGUCUGGUUCAGGAUCAGUUUAAGGAAAGAGGAUUCAAGCUCUAACAGUCUGAAACACAAGAGGAUGGGAUGGAAUUAAAACUGAAAUUUACCUCCAGAAAAAUGUGCAGAGCCCAGAGCUGUGACGUCUCUUCACAUUUAUUUGGUUUCAACAAAAUCAGUUUUUAUUCAAAAUAAAUUUACAAGGUCGUGGAGGAUAUUUUGGAAGAAAAAAGAAAAGUUAGUGAGAUGAGAAAAGCAGGUGGCCGGUGGAAUAAAAGAGGAAUGAUGUGAACACAGACUGUCAGUCAGCUGAUGACACACACACACACACACACAGGACUGGAGCCUCUCUUCCCACAGACGGGACUGACUCUGGAGACGACAGGGAGCGCUUGAUUCGACGACACAGCGGUAGAUGUUAGCUUAGCAUCGCCUCUAUUGGAGGAGACUGGUUAGCCGUUAGCCGCUGAGCAGCUGCUGAACAAGCAAAGGAUGAAUGUUUGGCUUCAUGUUUGAGCAAGCCGUCCACACACACACACACACACACACACACACACACACACACACACACCAUGUUGGAGGUCUGCAGCUGGCUGUGUGAAUGUGGCAGUGACGGGGAGCAGCAGCCAUGGAAACAUCUUUUUUUUUUUUUUUUUUCAUGCACAUGAUGAUGUAAUUAAUCUGUCCACAUUACCCCCAAAAAUCAUAAUGAAUUUUGAUUUGUUGUAAUGGUGGUAAUAAUAAUAAUAAUAAUAAUAAUAACACUGAAAAUUGGGAUAUCAUCCUGUAAACUCUGCAUACAUCCACCUAUAGGCCUGCAGUCUGCUGUCGCCUCACAGCUGUUUUACACUGAAUUCAGUGACCACCUUCAUCAGAAACACACACACACACACACGCAGCAGUAAACCCUGGACUCGUCUCCCUCAUUGCAGAGGACAGUCACAUCAAACAGGUUUAUGAAUUUAACAUUUAGAAAAGUCAAACUGUGUGUGUGAAAACGUAAACGCUCUCAAAGCAGGACGUUAUGACCUCAGUUUGGUCAGGGUCAGGGUCAG